CCCACCCAGCACUAGAAUAGUUCAGCACAUAGGGUCUCGUGGGAGAAAAGAAAAUUGAAGAAGGGUUAGGGCUUGCAAUUUCUUCUCUGUCUCCGCCCUCCGCGCUCUUCUAUUCCUCACCCACCACUGCCACCGUGCUCCGUCGUACCACGCCACACUUACUGCCACCGUGCAUCACCACCGCGCACUGCCACGGUUCAGUUUUCGCUAUGUUGAAAGUGAAGAAGAGCAAAAGAGACACCCAUACUGGGGAAAAGAAGAAAAAGAGGAACAGGGAACGAAAUGUUGAUGCUGACAUUGAAGUUAAAGUGGAUGAUGGAAUUCAGGUUGCAGAGGCAAAGAAGGAUAAAGCUUCUAUCAACAAGAAAAGGAGGAAGAAUAACAAAAGUCUAGUUCGGAAAGAAGUUGAUUUGAAAGACGAUACAUUAUCAAUGGCAUCGGAUGGAGUAGUAGACAAUUGCCAUUCUAAAGCUGAGGUGAUCCAAGACUUGGAUGGGCACAGAGAUUCUGACACUAGAGCAGUUAUCAAACCCUGUAGGUCAAAGAAAGAUAAGAAAAAAAGAAGAAAGGAGGUUCAAAUUUCACAGGAAAAGGGAGAAGAGUUCAAACAAGAGGAAUUUUGUAUUAUUUCCUCUGGAGAUGAUGACUGCUCAAAGGGAAUGAAAAAAUGGAUCACAGAAUACCAUCAAAGUAGACCAGGAUUGGAUGUAUUGCAACGUCAAAUCGAUGAUUUUAUAACUGCUCAUGAGGCAAAAUUUGAAGAGGAAAGAAAAGAAAAAGAAGCCCUUGCUACAGAAGGGGGGUGGACGGUUGUUGUACACCAUAAGGGGAGAAAGAAAACUACAGACUCUGAAAGUGGAGUUGCUGUGGGCUCAGUUGCUCAAGCUGCUGUGGAGAAUAAAAUGACCAAAAAGAAACAUAAAGGAGUUGGUCUAGAUUUCUACCGCUUUCAAAAAAGAGAAGCACAGAGAAAUGAGCUCAUGACAUUGCAGAGCAAAUUUGAGGAGGACAAAAAACGUCUGCAGCAGAUGAGAGCUGCCAGGAAAUUUAGACCUUAUUAAACAAUGUUUUUGAUGAGAGCUGCCAGGAACGUUUACAGUAGUUUUUAUUUUGGUGGAUUUGGGGUGGUGUGGGCGGUGGUUAUGUAGUCUUGAGUUGGAUUUCUUAUAGCUCUCAAAUUAAGGAAGGUUAAUUUAUCGUUCCAAUUUUGCCAAAAAAGAAUUGUACAUUUAGUGUAUGUAAUAGUUAUUUUAAAUUGAGUUAUAUGACUUUGCAGGGUUGGAAAUGCUGAUCGACCCCUAAUUUCCGUUACUGUAAUUGGAUUUUGGUCGUUUUGGUAACAUCGUUUUAAACA